AAAGUUGAUGAAACAAAAAAAUGUGGUCUUUAGAAAGACUACAAGCUGGUGUACAUGUCUUGUCCAUCGGACUGUUGUGCAGCCGUUUGCGUGCUUGUUUGGUCCUGUCCGACACUUCCGAAGCAAGGCCGAGUACCAACAGAAACUCCUGGUUGACCAUGGCGGGUGGAUGCGUGAAAAUCUUUGGUGUACUUGUGCUUGUGCUGGCUCUGGUUGUGGACGCCACUGUCGUUAGCUCGGAGAAUUUGCAGAGAAACAAGCGACAGGUCACCAAACCGACCAAUGCCCCCAAAACUGCAGCUGAUAAUGCAGGCGAUUCAAAAGAAAAUCAACCACCUGCUACGAAGAAAAGUGCAGAUAAAAAGGAUAAAACCAUCACUUCUCCCGCUGGAGAUUCAUCCGGAACGACGGCGACGAUUAAAGGAGUCUCGAGGACAAACGACACCACGACCACGACCACCGUUGUCAUCCCGGCCACUGUUGUCCCACCUGCCAAAGGUGGCUGUGUCGUCCCCAAACCCGAAGAAACAGAGAACGCCAACCUAACUCUAUCGUUCGAUGAGUCCCCUAUGUACAUCCAUGAGGGGGAAAUCAAGAACCUGACAAUUUUCUACUCUGGUCUGAGGUUUCCCCGUGUCAUGCACCUGAAGACUAGCGAUGAGAGCAUGUUCAUAGUCAUCAGUAACGACACUGUGCCCCUGGAGACGACGGCAGGAGACGACAAUGACACGGUAACGGUGACACUGCACGGUGUCCGACUUGGCAUCACCAAGCUGCAAAUUUUGAUCUUGGACCCGAGAAACCCCGAAGCUGAGGCGAAGAUCUUCACACACUUGGUGAAGACCAAGCGAGUCCUGCGAAUCAUUGACACCAUGUUCGACUACAUGCUCCUUCCCUUGGUCCUGAUCGCGACGUGUGGGAUGGGAUGCAAGCUGGACACGGACCUCAUCAAGGGUAAACUGCGCCGUCCUAUCCCCGUCUUUGUAGGCCCGGUCUGCCAGUUUAUCUGCAUGCCUCUGGUCGCGCUGUCUAUCUCCAAGUUGUUCAAGUUCGAUCCGCUGACGGCCAUGGGGCUGAUCACGGUGGGCUCCUGCCCAGGUGGUGGUCUCAGCAAUAUGAUCACCCUGCUGGUUGAUGCCGACCUGAUCAUGAGCGUCACCAUGACUUUCCUAUCCACCUGCUUGGCUCUUGGGAUGCUGCCGUUAAACCUCUUUAUCUACAGCCGUUUCUUCAAGGCGGAGGGGAACGAGGAUUCGGGAAUAAACCUCCCAAUCACCAACAUCAUCAUGCAGAUUUCUUUCCUCACCGUACCGCUACUCCUCGGGAUGCUGAUCCGUGCCAAGCUUCCUAAGAUAGCUGAGUACGUCAUCAAAUCCCUCAACAUUCUCUCCCUCACCUUGGUACUGCUCACCUUAGGUGUGGGUCUGUACUCCAACGUCUACGUUAUCUUCUCCCCGGCUUUUGUGUUAUUGGGAGGCUUCCUGCAUCCUACCUGUGGAUUCAUUAUCGGCUUCAUCAUGGCCAAGUUCCUAGCACGUUUUCCCAACGAGUCAGCCGUCACAGUUAGCGUGGAGACCGGCGUGCAGAACAACCUGAUCGCCAUCUCCAUGCUGAAGCUAUCCUUCGACCAGCCCGAGGCCGAUAUUAUGGCCCGUAUGCCCAUGAUCGUAGCCAUCUCGGCCGUCAGUAUCGGUAUAGGGAUGAUCUUGGCCUCAAUCCCCAUCAACCGUCGGCGCAGCCGCGAGGAGAAGCGCGCCAAGGAGCUACGCAACGUGACGGACAAGUACGACUACCAGCCUGUGGCACUGACCGAGCGCCGGCUGUCAGACGAGCAAGGGAACGGGGACCAGCCGGCCGGUAACGGGGUGGUCGAGCAGAGAAAGGAAUCGAUUCCCUCCUACGAUUUGGUAGUGGUUGAAAGGCCACCAGUCAAUGUCGAUGGACCAGAGACUGUGGUGUAGACAAAUAUUUCCAGCUUUUCAUUGCGAUACGUAAUUUGUAAGAUUCAUAGGGCCGUGCCACACGAUCAGGCAAUUUACAUGAAGCUUGUUCCAGACUCGCAGAAAAAAUAAUGUACUUGUACUCUGUUCUUCCCCGAGGGGUCCUGUGGACCUUAUUCGCUCUUUUUUCACGCUCCGCCAUUGGGCAUGCACAGCCUCGAUCUGGCAACUUUACACAAUAAAAAAGCCGGUUCAGUGAUCUG